UCCAGCUAGACUCCCAGCCUUUCCUCAUGUUUAGCUUAGCAGACUGACGGUACAUUCAUUCCUCUUUUUUUGUAGGUUUUGUUUUGUUUUGUUUUGCUUUGCUUUGCUUUUUUUUUCUUUUUUAACGAAAACAAGCGGCGUGCUAAGAACUGCAAGCCCUCUGGGAGAUUUUCAGCCUUGGCCGGAGCCACCCGAGCCCCCGCGGGGCCGGGAGGCUGCGCUGGCCCGGGCUCAGCGGGAGGCUCUGGGACAGCAAUUCCUGCCUCCAGCCGCUGUCCGGGCGGCUGUGCGAGGGCAGAGCCGCUGCAGCUCCGCUCCGACGGCAGCGGCAUGGCGCUCCGGGCAGCCUGCCUCCUCCUCUGCCUCCUCUCCCUCGCCCAGGUCUCCGACCAGCAGAACGGCAAAGCCCGGCAGAAACCGGCGGCUUCCAAGAAAGAUGGUGUGAGCCUCAAAAUGAUUGAAGACCUGAAGGCUAUGAUUGACAACAUCUCUCAGGAGGUUGCUCUACUGAAGGAGAAGCAAGCACUCCAGACAGUCUGCCUGAAAGGCACCAAAAUUAAUCUGAAAUGCUUUCUGGCGUUUUCGGAGACCAAGACGUACCACGAGGCCAGCGAGAACUGCAUCUCCCAGGGCGGCACGCUGAGCGCGCCCCAGAGCGGCGAGGAGAACGACGCCCUCUACGACUACAUGCGCAGGAGCAUCGGCCCGGAGGCCGAGCUCUGGCUGGGCCUCAACGACAUGGCCACGGAGGGCAGGUGGGUCGACAUGACGGGCAGCCCCAUCCGCUACAAGAACUGGGAGACUGAAAUCACCACCCAGCCCGACGGCGGCAAGCUGGAGAACUGCGCGGCUUUGUCGGGGACCGCCAACGGCAAGUGGUUCGACAAGAGGUGCCGGGAGCAGCUGCCCUACGUCUGCCAGUUCAUGAUCGUGUAGUGGCGGGGCCUCCCCCUGCCCAGCCAGCCCAGACCCCGCCCUGGGCAGCAGGAUAAUGGAGCUGUAGCUGCCUGUACUGCUCCGCGUCCACCCACACACCCUCAUGCACGUGUUCAGUAGAGUCACCCUUCGCAAAGAGAGUCGCUGCGGCUCGCUGCCGGGUUGUAGAGCCCCAGAGCAUUUCCUUUGGCCACAUCCAGCCCUGUUCUCAGCUGCACUGCUCUUCCCAAGGCACGAUUUAUAGAUAUAUAUUUUUUUACACAGGGAAUUUAUUAGGACAGCUCAGUUGUUCCAGCAAAGAAUCAGUGCAGCAGUCCAGCCUGGCAUACAGCUGCCUCGGCUGCCCAGGGCUGUCACUCUGGAGUGUCCUUUCCCAUUUUGCUGAGCUUUCUUGGGACACCAGCAUAGGCAGUUUCCGCUUUCUUCUCUUGUUUUGCUUCCCCAUAAGCCCUGGUAGCAAUUUGUGAGAGUUCCGUGUUCCUCACAGUGUUCCAGUUCAGCCUUGUGAGGAUCAAGGUCCUGUCUCAACAAGCAGAGGGAGAUGCUCCUGCUUUGCUCUGAGAGAUGCAGUUGGGCUUAUUUGGUAGGGUACCAGCUGCUCAGCUAGUCAAAUUACACUUAUGAAUUAAUUACCAAGUUAAAGGCGGGUUUGGUCCUCUUCUCACCAGCCAGAAGCCAGUUUCACUGACUUCAGUGGGAGAGCAAGACCCACUGCCAGAUCCUUUGAAAAAAAAAAUCCCAUCAAAAGCUUUAUUUGUGCAGCAGUAUCAAGGGGGAAGCAGCAAAGAUUGGAGCAUAGUCAACAAUAUUACUAGAAAUAGAAGAUGUGUGUAUUACAUAAAUAAAUGUAAUACUCUUAGGGAGUAUGUUGCUAUAUAAAAAUAACUAUAUAUUGAAAACAAGCCCCGGGACAACUUACUCCAGCAGCUUCAGGAAUGACCUGAUCUGUUCAUAUGUUGGGAAUCCAGAUGAACUAAUCCAGUCUUUGCUGGUUCUUGGCAAACAUAAAUCUGCUGAGCACUGUUUGUGCCAAUAUAGUCAUGCCCAGCUGAAGGUCUGAUCUCAGUGACUUUUUACUGAGAAAAGGUUUAAAGUAAAACAAAACAAAAAAACAAAACCAAAGCAAAACAAAGCAGAAAAUCCCCCCAGCAAUGGUGGGAAAGAAGUGCAGGUCACCCUGGUAGCUUAACAGAGCUUUGCUGGCUGUUGGCAAAAAGGUAUCAGUGGUUCUUUUCAGUCCAGUGCUUGGCAAUAACCCCUCCAGUUUGGGUCACAGGCCCUGCACUUCCAGGUUGGGGGUGUCAAGACAGGAUCCUGCCCGUGGGACAGGUAUUCCAGUUUGCUGCUUUGUUUAAAAGCAGCAUGGUGGUAGGUCUUCCAAGCCAUCAAGUCUGAGCCAAGCUGGAAACACACACACACACACACACACACACACAUACACACACACGCACACACACAAAUGCCGAGUGCACGCUUCUGAGGAUGUCACUAUUGCCAAGCUCUCCGCUGUUCAAAUGACUAUAAAAUAAAAAUAUCUCUAUAGCUUGCUGAAGGAA